UUGGCGCGGGGAGCCGGCUCGCUUUCCGGCGGGGGCGCGGGGUGCGCGGCUGUCGCCGCCACCCCCUCUUGCUCCGCGCUUCUUGUCCCAGCUGGUGCCCCGGCUCGUGGCACUCGAGGUGACCUUGACGCGGGGCGCGCGGCGGCGGGAGAUGCCCCUGCAGGUGAAGUGGCCCUUCCCCGCCGGGACGCCUCUCGCCUGGACCCUGGCCAGCAGCGUCGUCAUGGGGCUGGUGGGCACCUACAGCUGCUUCUGGACCAAGUACAUGAACCGCCUCACGGUGCACAACAAGGAGGUGCUGUACGAGCUCAUUGAGAACCGUGGCCCCGCCACCCCGCUCAUCACCGUCUCCAAUCACCAGUCGUGCAUGGACGACCCUCACCUCUGGGGGAUCCUUAAACUCCGCCACAUCUGGAACCUGAAGCUGAUGCGUUGGACUCCUGCGGCCGCAGACAUUUGCUUCACCAGGGAGCUUUAUUCGCACUUCUUCAGCCUGGGCAAGUGCGUGCCCGUGUGCCGAGGUGAUGGCGUCUACCAGAAGGGGAUGGAUUUCAUUCUGGACAAGCUCAACCAUGGGGAUUGGGUGCAUAUCUUCCCCGAAGGGAAGGUGAACAUGAGCUCUGAGUUUCUGCGAUUCAAGUGGGGGAUCGGCCGCCUGAUUGCUGAGUGUCGUCUCAAUCCUGUCAUCCUGCCACUGUGGCAUGUGGGAAUGAACGACGUGCUCCCCAACAGCCCACCCUACUUCCCCCGCUUCGGACAGAGAAUCACCGUGCUCAUCGGGAAGCCCUUCAGCCCUCUGCCCGUGCUCGAGCGGCUCCGGGCAGAAAACCGGUCCACGGUGAGUGCUCCUCAAUCCUUGGGAGAGUCUGGGCCUGCCGAGGCCACUGGCCAGCUCCAUCCUGGUUUGUCCUUGCGCACAGGUGGAGAUGCGCAAGGCCCUCACUGACUUCAUCCAGGAGGAGUUCCAGCGCCUGAAGGUCCAGGCUGAACAGUUGCACCACCAUCUACAGCCAGGGAGAUAGGGCGCGCCUGUCCCCACCCAUGUUCACUCACCUUGUCAGGCAGCCGACCUGGCCUUGGUGGUCCCGGCUGCUCCCAGGAAGGCCUCCUUCCUCUUUGCUUCACAAGGGCAUCUGAAGGAACACUGGAAGCAAGUGGUUGCUCAGAGCUGGCUGUUCACCUCGGCUGUUGCCCCUGGAUGGGCCCAGCACCUCCCUCAGUCACUUGAGUCCGUGGUUGGGCUUUUAGGAUUUGUACACAAUAAAGCAUCUUGUGCUGUUUUA